CCCUUUUCUGUCACUUCUAUGCGCUUUCUCAAUCCUUUUUGGCCUACAUAUAAACCAUCAACAAUCUCUCCAUGUUCAUCACUUCCAAUUUUGCUCUAUAUUUCAAUGGUGUUUGAACAUAAUUUCUUGCUAUUCUAGUUCUUGAGUACGUACCUUGCACACCAAGUCAUCAUGACGGAGCCAUUUUUUAAAGACGAUCUAGCAAGAUCAGUGAGAGAUGAGCUAGCAAGAUCGAUGAGAUCCUCAAGCACGAGAUCAUUAGGUAGAAAUACGUCGUUAUCAGGCAGCGGGAGAGGAUGGAAAUCCGGUAGCAUUCGCGAAGUGUGGGGUAAUCAAGGAGACGCGUUUCGAAAGAGUAGCCCGAGAGAAGAUGAUGAAGAGGAGCUGAAAUGGGCUGCAAUAGAAAGAUUGCCAACUUAUGAUAGAUUAAGGAGAGGGAUUCUAAAGCAGGUUUUGGAUAAUGGAAAAGUUGACUAUGAAGAGAUCGACGUUACGAAUCUUGGCAUGCAAGAUAAGAAACUAAUCAUUGAAAGUAUACUUCAAGUUGUUGAACAAGAUAAUGAAAGGUUUCUUCAAAGGCUUAGAGAAAGAACUGAUAGGGUUGGAAUUGAGAUUCCUAAGAUUGAAGUUCGGUUCGAGCAUUUGUCGGUAGAAGGAGAUGCAUAUGUAGGAACCAGAGCACUUCCUACUCUAGUGAAUGCUGCCAUGAACACCUUAGAGGGAAUUCUUGGCUUACUCAGAAUCUUUCCAUCUAAGAAAAGGGCUGUGAAGAUACUUCAUGAUGUGAGUGGGAUAGUGAAACCAUCAAGAAUGACACUGCUGCUUGGACCUCCAGCAUCAGGAAAAACUACAUUGCUGCAGGCACUAUCCGGAAAGAUGGACAAGGAUCUAAGGGUGACAGGAAGAGUGAGUUACUGCGGUCAUGAAAUGCAUGAGUUUGUUCCUCAAAGAACAUGUGCUUAUAUCAGCCAGCAUGAUCUUCACCAUGGUGAGAUGACAGUGAGAGAGACACUGGACUUCUCGGGGCGUUGCUUGGGUGUCGGAACGGGAUAUGAUAUGUUGGCAGAGUUAUCAAGAAGAGAAAAAGAAGCAGGAAUCAAGCCUGAUUCUGAGAUUGAUGCAUUCAUGAAAGCUACAUCCAUUUCAGGCCAACAAGGCAGUUUAGUUACUGAUUAUGUGCUCAAGAUUCUUGGAUUAGACAUCUGUGCUGAUAUUAUGGUGGGAGAUGAAAUGAGAAGAGGCAUCUCUGGUGGACAAAAGAAGCGUGUUACUACUGGAGAAAUGCUGGUCGGUCCUGCAAAAGCCCUAUUCAUGGAUGAAAUAUCAACUGGUCUAGACAGUUCAACUACUUAUCAAAUUGUGAGGUUUAUGAGGCAAAUGGUUCAUAUAAUGGAUGUGACCAUGAUAAUUUCUCUUCUACAACCUGCCCCUGAAACUUAUGAUCUCUUUGAUGACAUUAUCUUACUUUCCGAGGGUCAGAUUGUGUACCAAGGUCCGCGGGACAAUGUUCUCGAGUUCUUCAAAAGUGUUGGCUUCAAAUGCCCUGAAAGAAAAGGCGUUGCGGAUUUCUUGCAAGAAGUAACUUCCAAGAAGGAUCAAGAACAGUACUGGUGCAGAAAAGAUCAAACCUACAAAUACGUCUCAGCAUCCGAGUUUUCGCAGCAGUUUAAGUCAGUCCACAUAGGGCAAAAGCUCUCUGACGAGCUUCGAGUUCCAUUUGAUAGAUCCAGUGCUCAUCCAGCUGCACUAGAAAAAGAAAAGUAUGGAAUUUCCAAUAUGGAACUCUUUAAAGCAUGCUUUGCAAGAGAGUGGCUAUUGAUGAAACGGAGCUCUUUUAUUUACAUAUUUAAGACAACACAGAUUACUAUCAUGUCAUUGAUUGCAAUGACAGUGUUCUUAAGAACCGAAAUGAAAGCAGGAAGUAUAGAAAGUGGAGGAAAAUUCUAUGGUGCAUUGUUCUUUAGUCUCAUCAAUGUUAUGUUCAAUGGGAUGGCAGAGAUGGCAAUGACUAUGUUCAGGCUUCCUGUCUUCUUUAAGCAGAGAGAUUUCUUGUUCUAUCCUGCUUGGGCGUUUGCGUUGCCGAUCUGGGUGCUUAGGAUCCCUGUCUCCUUAUUGGAGUCAGGAAUAUGGAUACUCCUGACAUAUUAUACUAUCGGAUUCGCUCCAGCUGCCAGCAGGUUUUUCAAACAAUUUCUAGCAUUCUUCACUGUGCAUCAGAUGGCUCUGUCGCUCUUCCGGUUCAUUGCUGCAGUUGGAAGAACAGAAGUUGUGGCUAGCACACUCGGAACCUUCACCUUGCUCGUGGUUUUCGUCCUUGGUGGUUUCAUUGUUUCCAGAGAUGCUAUUAAGCCAUGGAUGAUCUGGGGCUACUAUGUUUCUCCUAUGAUGUACGGGCAGAACGCGAUAGCCAUCAAUGAAUUUCUUGAUGAAAGAUGGAGUACUCCCAUAAACGACUCCACAUUUUCGCAAAACACAGUCGGGAAGGUCCUUCUUGAAAUGAGAGGAAUGUAUUUGGAAGAACAUUGGUAUUGGAUUUCUAUUGCAGCACUUGUUGGUUUUUCUCUGAUUUUCAACAUCUUCUUCGUAUGGGCGCUGGCAUACUUGAAUCCUUUGGGAGAUUCUAAAUCCAUUCUUCUUGAGGAUGAUCAGAGCAAGAAGAAAAUUGCUUCCUCUACCGGACAGCAAACUAAGUCCACUGAAAUGACUUCUUUAUCGACCGCCCAAUUAUAUGAAGGUCAUGAUAAAGCAAUGGGGACUACUCCUGAUAGACCAGCUGCUGCUGUCACAGAGCAUUCGCCAACGAAACGAGGAAUGGUGCUGCCUUUCCAGCCAUUGUCACUAGCAUUUGAUCAUGUCAAUUACUUUGUUGAUAUGCCUGCAGAAAUGAAAAACCAAGGUGUUGAAGAGGAGCGCCUGCAGCUUCUGCGCAAUGUUAGUGGUGCUUUCCGACCAGGUGUCCUGACAGCAUUGGUUGGUGUAAGUGGUGCCGGAAAGACUACUCUGAUGGAUGUGUUAGCUGGAAGAAAAACUGGAGGAUAUGUUGAAGGAAGUAUCAGCAUUUCUGGCUACCCGAAGAACCAAGAAACGUUUGCUCGAAUUAGUGGUUAUUGUGAGCAGAAUGAUAUCCAUUCUCCACAUGUUACUGUGUAUGAAUCCCUUCUCUAUUCUGCCUGGUUGCGUCUUUCCAAGGAAAUCAAGCCCACAACUCGAAAGAUGUUUGUUGAGGAGGUGAUGGAGUUAGUUGAGUUGAUCCCUCUCAGGGAUUCUAUAGUAGGCCUUCCAGGAGUUGAUGGUUUGUCAACUGAACAGCGAAAACGACUCACUAUAGCUGUUGAAUUGGUUGCUAAUCCCUCCAUUAUCUUCAUGGAUGAACCAACAUCUGGCCUUGAUGCUAGAGCUGCAGCUAUUGUUAUGCGUACAGUACGAAAUACAGUCGAUACAGGCCGAACUGUUGUCUGCACAAUUCACCAGCCGAGCAUUGACAUUUUUGAAGCUUUCGAUGAGCUUUUACUGAUGAAGAGAGGAGGGCAGGUGAUUUAUGCAGGAUCUCUCGGUCGCCAAUCUCACAAACUUAUAGAAUACUUUGAAGCGGUUCCAGGCGUUUCGAAGAUUACGGAUGGUUAUAAUCCUGCUACAUGGAUGCUAGAAAUCACUUCUCCAGCAGUAGAGACUCAACUUAAUGUAGAUUUUGCAGAAAUAUAUGACAAUUCUAAGCUCUACCAGAGGAAUCAGGAACUUAUUGAAGAACUAAGCACUCCAGCGCCGGGAUUUAAGGACUUGUAUUUCUCAACACAGUACUCUCAGGAUUUCUUAACUCAAUGCAAAGCAUGCUUCCUGAAACAACAUUGGUCAUAUUGGAAGAAUCCAAGAUAUAAUGCAAUUCGAAUGUUCAUGACAAUAGCAGUCGGUUUCAUAUUCGGACUUAUUUUCUGGGACAAAGGCCAGAAGACGCAGGAGCAACAAGAUUUAAUGAAUCUGCUUGGAGCAAUGUAUUCAGCUGUCAUGUUCCUUGGAGCCACCAAUACUUCGUCUGUAAUGUCGAUAGUAGCUGUAGAACGAACAGUGUUCUACCGCGAAAGAGCAGCCGGAAUGUACUCAGAGUUGCCUUAUGCAUUUGCUCAGGUAGCAAUAGAGGCAAUAUAUGUAGCAAUUCAGACACUGAUCUACAGUCUAUUACUAUACUCAAUGAUUGGAUUUCCAUGGAAAGCCGAAAACUUAUUAUGGUUCUACUUCUUCGUAUUCAUGUGCUUUAUGUACUUCACAUUGUACGGAAUGAUGCUCGUGGCUCUGACUCCAGGCCAUCAAAUUGCUGCCAUUGUUAUGUCAUUCUUCCUCAGCUUCUGGAACCUCUUUUCCGGCUUCCUCAUCCCUCGGACGCAAAUACCAAUAUGGUGGAGAUGGUACUACUGGGCAUCACCAACAGCAUGGACAAUAUAUGGUCUGAUAACAUCUCAAGUGGGGAAAAUAACGGACGGGGUAGAGAUACCUGGCAAAGGUUUAGUUCCAGUGAAUGUGUUCCUGAAAGAAGCCUUAGGAUUUGAAUAUGACUUUCUUGGAGCAGUUGCUGCUGCCCACAUUGGUUUUGUUCUGCUUUUCUUGUUCGUCUUUGCUUACGGAAUCAAGUUCUUGAACUUCCAGAGAAGAUAGAAUUCAACUGUGGACUAUGUCUCAAAAUCCGAGAUACCUAAGCGUUUAUGGAAAUAGAAACGAAAUGUCGGAAUCUGGGAAGUUUUUGGUGUAACAUAGCUUAUAUGUGUUGAAUUUUGUACUAUCUAUAUGUUUUAUUAUUCAUUCUGCCAA